UGUCAUUAGCCACUUAUUUGACAUGAUUCUUAUUUCUAAUCAUAACAAGACGAAUAGGAAAAAUAUCCAAUAUCUCAUAAUAACUAGCCAUUGAAAAAUAUUUUAUUAUUGUCGCUAUUAUAUAUAGUGCUCUUUAUAGAUUCAGCUGUGGCAUAAAAGAAACAAAUUAAAUACAGUCAUGAAAGUUGUUAUUUGUAUAUUGCAACAUGAAGUUGAGAUUGAAGUGGAACACGAAGAGCAAAUUAUUGAAAUCAAGAGGAAGAUAGAACAACACUUGGGCAUUGCGAUGAGUUCACAAACUCUUUCCAUAUUUGGAUGGGAGUUAUUUGAUGAACUGUACAUGAAAGAUUAUCCAAUGAUCAGUGAAGGAACAAGAAUUGAUCUCACCAUACAAGGCAUUCACCAAAAUCAUCAUCUUAUUCUAGGCCAACCCAAUAAAAUUCAAAUACUUGUAAAGCUUUCAUCUAAACAACAUCAUCACAUGGAAGUGGAAAGAACAGAAAUGGUUCAUAGUCUCAAAGAGAAAAUCCACAUCAUUGAUGGAACACCUAUGAAAAGAAUGUCACUUUUCUUUUCAGGAACAGAGUUAGAUGACGAUUAUCGAAAUCUAAGCGAGUAUGGAGUAUGCGAGUUUUCUGAGAUUAUUGUGACGCACAAGGCUGCGAAUCGCUUAGGAGAUGGUGGUGGUGGUGAGCUACCGUCAAGAAAAUUGAGCAUAGUAGUACAAACUUCAUCUAGUUUGCUUAAUGGUGCAUGUAUUCCUUUGAAGUUGAGUGACUCAAGUACUGUUAAUGACUUGAGGGAACUGCUUUUGAGUGGGAAAAUUCUUCCUUUGGAUGAUUACCUGUUCAUACACAAACAAAGGAUCAUGCGUGAUUGUUCUAGCUUAAGGUGGCAUGGAGUUGAAGAUGGUGACUUCUUAUAUGUAUUUAAGGGAACUGUCAGUCGUGGUGAAUCUUCAUUCUAAUUGUUAUUACAGCUAUAGUGAAUGUUAGACAUAGGCAAUUGUAGAAGAAGAUUGUUAUAUGCACUAAUCUCAAUUAGUCAAUUACACUAUGAUAUUAUUUAGUUUUAAUUCUAAAGUUCACUCUUAUAAUUAAUAUUAUUACUGCAAUAGUGGAAAUGUUCUUUUCCAAGUGAAAUAAACAAUGAUUAUUGCUA